CAUAAAGUGUUUUCUUCCAUUUACAAAAAGCAAGCAUUUAGCAGCCUCUGGGAUAAUGAGGUCACAUCAGGGCUGACGUUAUUCAGGUCACUUAGAAGGAAAGGCUUUGUCAGGAAAUGCAAAUGUUCAAGUAUAAAAGAGAAGGGGCUGGACUGAAAGAGGAAAAGCUAGACUCAAAGAGGAAAGGCUUGUCCUAACAUCUCUCACUGGGCUGAUCAACAAUCUGUUUUUCUCUCUGCUCACCAUGAAGCCUUAUGGAGCUCUGAUUCUGUGCAUGACUCUGUCUACAGCAUAUGGAAUAAAAUGCUUCUCAUGCGCUGCUGCAAACCCAUCUACCUGCACAAACACCAUAGACUGUACAAUCCUCCUCGAUCGAUGUUUCUCCCACGAACUGGGCCCUCUGGUCACAAAGGGCUGCAUGUCCAGCAUAGCAUGCAUAGGUGAUAUGUCGUGCUGUAAAGGGGACCUUUGUAACAGUGCCGUACCAAUCGGCCCCAGUGCCCUCCUGCUGCUGGUGUCCUCAGCUGUCAUCACUCACUUUCUCUGAAGCUCUGGGAUUUUCUGAUUUCUAUGCUGCAUUUUUUUGUGUGACCUGAUUUGUAUAUUUGCAGAUGAAUAAAAACUUUUGAAAACCUAA